UUAUAUAGUUAUAUAUAUUUGUUUAUUUAUGAUACAUACCGUAUUCCCGCAGCGAUGCAUUGGGGCCAUGCGCGGGCACACACACACACACACGUAGACAAAGGCGUCCGCCUAGGCGCAUACCGACAGAGGAGAGGCGGGAAUCGGGGCGCCGCUGAGUGCAAGUGCUCGCACACCUUUCGCCGAAGGAUUACCCCAAGUGCCAGCGUCGCAGAACACGGCAUUGCAUGUAGUACUUCAUAUUCGAGCAGCGGCUUCUCAUAUGCGUGGAAUAAGUCUCCCCCGCUCUCCCCGCCUCCCCCUCCCCAACAUUCAUGUUCUUUAUCUACGUGUAAUUACCCCUGGCCGAGAGACAUGGCCCUCUAUGCGGGCACAUCAGGCAGUUGAGAUUACCAGUUGUGUUUGUUUGUUUUCGUUGCCCUUCUUCCCGAUAGGCAGUUGCCGCGACGGGGUUGGCGAGUAAGACGGUCGAGUCCCCGACAAAUCUCUGGUUGUGUGGGCGAUGAUCUCCCGCCUUUCCUGACUGAGCCAAAAAUAGGGUAGCCCCAGACAUGCCGUGGGCACUCAGCUGCUACGUAGUAUUCACUCGGGCAAGUUUGCUGCCCGCGCUGUCAUUGGGCGUGAGGCCAGAUGAUCGUCGAGCGUCGCUCAGAGGGGCGCGCAACCAGAGAAGAGAGGGGACUUGGGAACGGCUCCCCGUCCGGCCGUCGAUCCGGUUUCUCCUCCAUGGCUGUGAAUGUACGUAUGCGUCUGUGUACGAUGCCUACUUCGGUACCUUACGCAAGGGGAAUCACGAGCGCAAGUCAAUUCGAGUCAUACACGUUCAUAUGUACUCGCAUAGCCGAGACGAUCUCUGUACGCAGGCUCGUCGCCCAGCCAUCGACCCGCCAACCCAUCCCACUCCCUGCCCCUUUUCAACACCCUGGCCAAGACUCUGCAUGCAGGCGCAUACAACGGGGCGUGGGCAGCCGGGCAGGCUGGCUUAUAAUUCCACGAGUUAUUAUUCCAAACAAGCGGCGAGUUAUUGCAUCGAGUGCUAUGCGCUUAGAGAUUAGGUGUCUAUCCGGCAGUUUGACGUUCCUUUGAUUCUUCCCCGUCAUCCGCCCCCCCUCCCAGCUUACCACCGCUCGCAAUACACUACUCAUACCGUCUCUCAAUGGCUUCGUAACCAUCCAUUGUUCAACGUUGCCGGCAGGAGACAGCCAGAGAAUGGAACGGUGAGAGUAAGUAAAAAAAGUCCGCUCAAGCCAUUUAAAAAAGAGAAAAAUGCAGGGAGGGGGUAUUCGUCAGGGAAGAAAAUGCCCAACUCGUCGGCUUUCCCGUCUGACAAAGCAUUUACGUGCCCGUAUUAUACUCAGCAAUAGCCCUCGGUGAACCAUUUGGGAGGAGAGCGCCACGCAAGUGAUAUGCAACAGCACCAAAAAGCAGGGCAAACUGAUCUCGCCGCCAAACAACCAAUUCUAGCGGUUGAUGAUAAUUAUUAGAAUCAAAAGGGGGAUGCAUGCAUACCGUCAUACCACCAGCGCGUGUGGGUGUGUAGUAUCUAAGUGUAUGGAUUCACGACGACCUAACACAAGCAGGUUCUCGUCCCUCUCCCUAGGUUAGGCUGGCUCAGAGAGCGAAAAAAAAAAACACACUGGUUUGCGCGGUUGAUCCAGUCGACGUGUGCGUGAUCUCACAGAACACGUUACCGGGCCUUCGGGACCAUUAUUAUCGCCACGACCGUCAUCGUCGUCAUGGCCGCUACCACGAGAGGAGGCCAUCCGGCUCACUUGCGCCACAGCUCAAAACUGAUCCCGCCCCG